AUGUCCUGCGGUGGCGACAAGGUAGCCGGCGUGGCGGCGAGUGUGAGCUCAACACGGGCCAAGACUACCUUCGUCUACGACGAGGAGGCAGGAAUGAGCGGCAAGGGUGUUACGACGGCGCUGGCUCCAGGUAUUUGA